UGCCCGGGCGCCGCCCUGUCCCAGCCUCCUCUGCGGGUAAACAGACAUGGCCGACGAGAGGGAUCCGCAGGACGCUGCGCACGACAUGGGCAACCACCUGCCACUCCUCCCUGCAGAGAGUGAGGAAGAAGAUGAAAUUGAAAUGGAAGUUGAAGACCAGGAUAGCAAAGAAGCCAAAAAACCAAACGUCAUAAAUUUUGACACCAGUCUGCCAACAUCACAUACAUAUCUGGGCUCUGAUAUGGAAGAAUUUCAUGGCAGGACUCUGCAUGAUGACGACAGCUGCCAGGUUAUUCCAGUUCUGCCACAGGUGAUGAUGAUCCUGAUUCCUGGGCAGACCUUACCUCUUCAGCUCUUUCGUCCUCAGGAAGUCAGCAUGGUGCGGAAUUUAAUUCAGAAAGACAGAACCUUUGCGGUUCUUGCAUACAGUAAUGUACAGGAGAGGGAAGCACAGUUCGGAACAACAGCAGAGAUAUAUGCCUAUCGAGAAGAACAGGAUUUUGGAAUUGAGAUAGUGAAAGUGAAAGCAAUUGGACGACAAAGGUUCAAAGUUCUUGAGCUAAGAACACAGUCAGAUGGAAUCCAGCAAGCUAAAGUGCAAAUUCUUCCCGAGUGUGUGUUGCCUUCAACCAUGUCUGCAGUUCAGUUAGAAUCCCUCAAUAAAUGCCAGAUAUUUCCUUCAAAACCUGUCUCAUGGGAAGACCAGUAUUCAUAUAAAUGGUGGCAGAAAUACCAGAAGAGAAAGUUUCAUUGUGCAAAUUUGACUUCAUGGCCUCGCUGGCUGUAUUCCUUAUAUGAUGCUGAAACUUUAAUGGAUAGAAUUAAGAAACAGCUCCGUGAAUGGGACGAAAAUCUAAAAGACGAUUCUCUUCCUUCAAAUCCAAUAGAUUUUUCUUACAGAGUAGCUGCUUGUCUUCCUAUCGAUGAUGUAUUAAGGAUUCAGCUCCUUAAAAUUGGUAGUGCCAUCCAACGACUCCGCUGUGAACUAGAUAUUAUGAAUAAAUGUACAUCUCUUUGCUGUAAACAAUGUCAAGAAACAGAAAUAACAACCAAAAAUGAAAUAUUCAGUUUAUCGUUAUGUGGGCCGAUGGCAGCUUACGUGAAUCCUCAUGGAUACGUGCAUGAGACGCUUACUGUGUAUAAGGCUUGCAACUUGAAUCUGAUAGGUCGACCUUCUACAGAGCACAGCUGGUUUCCUGGGUACGCCUGGACUAUCGCCCAGUGUAGGAUCUGUGCAAGCCAUAUUGGAUGGAAAUUUACAGCCACCAAAAAAGACAUGUCACCUCAGAAGUUUUGGGGUUUGACUCGAUCUGCUCUGUUGCCCACAAUCCCAGACACUGAAGAUGAGAUAAGUCCAGACAAAGUAAUACUUUGCUUGUAAACAAAUACAUUAGGGAUAAAGUUAUUUAUCAAGUUGGUCUUCUAAAAAUCAGAUCUGCUUUGGAAAUUCCUGCUUUUGAUGCAUACCUAAGUUAAAAAGCAACAUUACAUGGAAGGUUCCAAAUGGUAUUUGAAGAUUUAAAUUAAAAUUAGGAAUAUCUACUUUAGUACCUUGGUACCAUUAUACUCUGGCUUGCCAGAAUGUCCCUGAUAGGACAUGAAGUCCUCACUGAAAGUGAUGGUUUCCUGCAGAAAACAUAGUUGAAAUUCCUCUUUUUGAAAGAGGCAAAGAAGAAAGGCUUUAAUUUUCUUUAGUUUCUCUCAUACUGAUUUGUAAAUUUUGAAAAUAUUAAAGAGUUAAAAUACA